CCUCGUCUUGGCAGCAGCAACAGAUGCCCCCACACAGAAACACAAGCUACCCGGUUGGGUAUCCCAAUGCUAGCUCAACAUAUCGGGGUACCCCCCCACCCUUGUCUCAGGGCUACCACCCGGGUCAAGGCCAGGGACACCUGGGGUACCCUCAGUACUCAAUGGGGUACCAGUCUUCAUCGGCCCCCCCUGAAGAGCCCCAGGUGAGUCAAGCGUCGAUGGAGCAGCGUCAGCCCAACAACGGGGACCCAAUGCCCGGGCACGGGCACGCUCGUGUCCCUGGUCCUCUGGAGAGUCCCGGUGCUGCUAACAUGGCUAAUGCUAACAACAGAGCAGUGGUGGUUCCUGGUUUUGGUGGAACCAGCAUGUCUUUCCCAUCAGCCCUCAAGAAGGAGCAGGGAGACGGUAUGACCAGAGCAGUGCUGCUGGUGGACCCGCCAUUCAACAACACGCCCAUAAUCAAACUGGUUUCAAAACCUGACGUCAAAGACGUCUCCAUGAAUCCCAGAAGCUCUCCAUCACCGUAUGACGUCAUCUCCAAGACGACCGUCUCCGCCGACAACAACCGCUCUCGCGGUUACCGUGGCUACCGGAGACUACCACCUCAUCAUCAUCAUCAUCCCACCAACGCGUACGUCCAGCUGGGACCCCUGGAGCCCAACCAGGUGGGUUACCUGGAGGCCCCGUCUGUGGGCUGCAGCACGGAGGACGACUGGGACGAGGCGGCGGGAUUCAAACCAACCACCUUGAACCACAGGGGGUCCAGGAAGACCCCCCGCGGAGGGAGAGGAAGGGGAGGCUACAAUCCAGUGAGGGGGGGCGCCAGGAGGAGGCACGGAGGAGACGACUUAAACUACAUCCAGUUUAGCCCCUCCCACAGGGGGAGGGGCCGGGAGAGAGGCUACUAGCUCUCUCAGCCAAUGAGAGGAGAGGACACUGGAAGGUGAUGUUUUUAUUUUCUCUCUGCUGAGAGUUAGGUGAUAACAUUUAUAUCGCUCUCAUGCCUGGAUGCUCUACAUGACGCUGCAGCUAUUAGCCAAUUAGCUUAGCUUAGCAGUCCUUAUGCUAAGCUAAGUUAACCAUCUUCUAGCUACAGCGUUACAAACACUGUACCAACAUGAAUGGAAUCCAUCUUCUCAUCUUACAAUAUUUUCCAAUAAAAGUAGAACAAUUUCUUUAAUCGGACGUGAAAUUUCAGAUUCUCUAGCGUCCCUCGAGCGCUUCGCAUGUCGGUAAAUCUUUAGACAUUUAAACGUAUUUCAGCAAAAAUACACUCCGAGCUCUUCUGUUUGCACUGCGAGGACAGAACUGAGGUCUAUGAUUGUAAAAUCUUAAUUUGAGAAGGGCUUUAUGAGACGAUAGAAGCCGUGUGGACUUUAUAUCUUCAGCGUUUGUUUUUUUAAUGGUCUGUCUCGUUGCUGCUGGUUUCCUUUUUAUGCAUUUGUCUCGUUUUUUUCUUCAUCGGGUUUAUUUUUCGUUCUCCUGUCACGUUUAAUCAACUCUAGAGAUUCAGUGCCUUAUGUUUGCAACCUUUUACCGUUAUUUGUUUUUUUGGGAAACACUGCUGUACAGAACUGAAGACUGUUUGUGUUGAAUUUUUCUAUGCGAUUGAUUAAAUAAAACUUUGGUUCAGA